AUGGUGAGGGAGAAUCUCGAGGACGAGGACGAGGACCAAGACCAACGACAAAGGGAAGAUGGCGAUAAAGAGUUGAUCUUCGAACUUCGAAACGGAAGCCCUGCUCUCCGUCGUAUUGUACAGUCCAGGAAACAAGAAAAGAACAUUCACCCGCCCGCCGCUGCGUCAGAGAAAGUGGCAAUUCUGAUGAAACAAAAGUUUUUGAAAGUGGGUGAGGUGGGUGAGGUGGGAAGACAGACAGUGCAUAUGAUAACUAGGUACGGAGUAAGUCUUACUAGACAAGGAAUUACGGAAUCAUUGGUGAAUAAGAAUGGAGACCAAGGUAAGGAAAAGGCGAGGAAAAGUCUAAGAAGGGACGAAGAUGAGAUUAGAAGACCAGUCGAAACGCUUCAAGGGGAACAUUUCAAAAGACGUUAA